AUGGCUGAAACUAACUGGAGAAGAAUUGAUAUUGAUGCCUUUGAUCCCGAAAGUGGAAGACUAACGAGAAAAGAUAUUGAACCACCAUAUUCUUCACAAAUUACAUCACAAGAAGUUUCAUCCAAGAUUUCUCAAUUGCGUUCAUUAGCAAGUAGUGGUGAUUCCAAAGCAGCCGUAGCAUUAGCUGUCAGUGAUCCACCAUACAGUGGUGACGAAGCUACUAAGAAUGAAUAUUUCAAAGCUGUCCUUGAGACGUUAUCUACUGUUAGACAAGCUGAUAUAGCUGGAAUCGUAGGCGACUUGACACCUGUUCAACAGGAUGCGUUGGUGAAGUAUUUGUAUAAGGGGAUGUCUGUUCCAGAGGGACAAAGACAAGGUGGUAUCUUACUAGCAUGGUUUGAAAGAGUAACACAAGUGGCUGGUGUACGUCCAGUAUCACAUUUUAUCAACGAUAGAAACACAGUUUAA